AUGGACUAUUACGACACGGCAUCCGAAAUCGAAGCUUUCCUCGACGAGGUCACCGGCCCAUCUCGAGAUCGCGCAUCGCGCUACGCUAUUGAACUCAAAGUCCGAGCAAUGUUCGAGGACAUCGACAGCAGACGCUGGAGAAGGGUACGGAGAUGUUUUAACAAGGAUGCUAGGGUCAUCAAGGCCCUCGCCCAUCCCAGCCAAAUCAUCGACAGAGACCUAGACGAAGUGAUCCGCUGGUUCGACUCCUUGUACCACAAUGCGCAUGGUGAGGCGGUGCACCAUGCCAUUGUACCCACGCUCGUCCUCGUCGACAGAGGCCGCGUGACGUGCCAUCUCACCAACUUCUGGGCGGAGCUGCCUGCUGAAGAUAUUCUUAAGUUCGAGUACUUCACCCAAUAUCACGAGAUCAUCGUUCUGGAUUUGGACGAGAAUCAUAAGAUUACGCGGUUUGAACGUCGUGCACACACACAGCCGUGGACGAAGCACACAGGGGACAUCCAGGAGUUCAAUUACUUUGUGCGAAUGACGAAGAGAGGAACGGUGGAGAUGGAGGAAUACUUUCAGUAA